AUGGAAAAAUCAUCAGAUUUUUAUGCUAAAAGUGAUCGUAAUGAUAAUGAGAAGUGCAAAGUUGCACUUGAAUUCGUUUAUGAUAAAGAUGUAAGCAUUAAACUUAUUGCUGUUUUAUGUGUUUUAUUUUAUUUACUUUCUUUUGAUUACAUAGUAAAUUCUAGUUUCAUUAUUUCAACGGAAUGUGACUUUUCAAAUGAUAAUAAAAGUCAAUUGAACCUUAUGAAUACAUCAAUGGACAUCUACCACAGCUAUUUUUAUCAAUCUACAUCAUAUAUAUCUAAUAUUUACAAAAGCAUAACCAAGAAAUUUACAUCAUCACCAUCACAUUCAUCAAUUCCAUCAAAUCCAAUUGAAUAUUCCUUGUCACCAAUUGGUCCUUCUACGAAUGUAAAAGUAAGAGUGAUUUAUCAUAAGACACCGAAAAUUUGAGCUUUUAAUUUCAGAAAAAAUUUUAUUUCAUGUUUUCUUAUUCAAUAUAGAGUUGCAAUAAAAAAGAACAACUCAACGAUCGAUCAAGAAAAAACCAAUAAAACAAACUCCAAACACAAAAAAGUCUUCUACAAGUACACCAAGUCAGGUUAGAUUGAUUCGAAAUAAUCAUAAAACUAAACUUUAUCAGAAUUUCUUCAUUUAGAUAUUUGAACAUAAACAAAUUCGUGAUAUGCCAAUAUUUUAAUAUCUUUUCAAAAUAAAGUUUAUUUUUGUUUUGUUUUUUACUUUUAUUGUAUUCUUUGAUACAGUAACAGAUAUGUUUGUAUCUUUUAUGAUUUAUUUUUCUUUACAAUAAAAUCAACUAUUUCUAAAUCUGAAUCAUGUGAAAAGACGAACGGUACUUAUCAUUCAGCAUAAAGAUAUAAACGCUUUUUGAAUUCAUAUUGCUCCAUAUUAAAAUCAAUGAAAAUGUUUUUCGAGAUUUUCUUCUGCGAGCUCAAUGUUUUAUUAACGUUGAUAUGUAAAGAUUGUGAAUAAAAUGCAGGAACUUUGCACGUUCAUACAUCAUCACCUCAGUAUCUCUGGAAACAUAUCUCUUUCAAAAUGCACUGUUAAUUGAAUGAGAGAUUCUAGAAAUGGGCUUAUUAUAAUAUAAUUACUUUUUGCUUCCUUGAUCACAUUAUAUUAUGUAAAAAUCUUCAGAAAGUAUUCGUAGGGAAAAAUAAAAAUAGAUGUCACUCAUGCGAAAGUGCAUCUCCUAUUAAUUCCACGAAAGAAAACGUAUUUUGACCCCUCUGACAACAUGCCAAACAUUUUCAUAAGGGUUCAUAACAUAAAGCGUAGCUGGUGUAUCGGCGAUAUGUACA